CCCCCCUUCUUUUUAUUCGGAGAGAUAAAGGACAAGAGGCAGGCUGGCAGGGCCUGCCCAGCGGCCCACUUCUAAUGGGAGGCGUUGUUUUUUAGGGGGGCUGGGGUUAGAAGUUUAAGUACACUCCAGAAAAGCUGUGUGUGUAUGUGUAAGUGUGUGUUGGGGGGGAAACAGGAGCAACAGGGUACUUGACUGAACACGAAGAGGAACCAUUUCCUGUACAGGAAAGGAAGCAGACAGCAGCUAGAACUGGGGGCUGGAGUGUGGUGUGGAGGUGGCAAAGGCCAGGUGCAUUGUUGGACACACAAGGAGAGCUUCAGAGAGGACAGCUUGGGAGCAGGGGAACAAUGACUCAUUUGCAAGCUGGUCUCUCUCCUGAGACCCUGGAGAAAGCUCGCCUGGAACUCAACGAGAACCCAGACACUCUGCACCAGGACAUCCAGGAGGUGAGGGACAUGGUGAUCACUAGGCCAGACAUUGGCUUUCUGCGCACGGAUGAUGCUUUCAUCUUACGCUUCUUGCGGGCCAGGAAGUUUCAUCACUUCGAGGCUUUCCGCCUUUUGGCCCAGUACUUUGAGUAUCGGCAGCAGAACCUGGAUAUGUUCAAAAGCUUCAAGGCUACUGACCCUGGCAUCAAGCAGGCACUGAAGGAUGGCUUUCCUGGAGGCCUGGCCAAUCUGGACCACUAUGGGAGGAAAAUUCUAGUCCUGUUUGCUGCCAACUGGGACCAGAGCAGGUACACACUGGUGGAUAUUUUGCGUGCCAUCUUACUUUCUUUAGAAGCCAUGAUUGAAGAUCCCGAGCUGCAAGUAAAUGGAUUUGUUUUGAUCAUAGACUGGAGUAACUUUACCUUCAAGCAAGCCUCCAAGCUCACACCAAGCAUGCUGCGACUUGCCAUUGAAGGCCUUCAGGACAGCUUCCCCGCAAGAUUUGGAGGAAUUCAUUUCGUCAACCAACCUUGGUAUAUCCAUGCCCUGUACACUGUGAUCCGGCCUUUCCUGAAGGAGAAGACUCGGAAAAGGAUAUUCUUGCACGGUAACAAUCUAAACAGUCUACACCAACUAAUCCAUCCUGAGAUCCUGCCUUCUGAGUUUGGAGGAAUGUUGCCCCCAUAUGACAUGGGGACGUGGGCAAGAACCCUGCUAGACCAUGAGUACGAUGAUGACAGCGAGUACAACGUGGACUCCUACAGCAUGCCUGUGAAGGAAGUAGAAAAGGAACUCUCCCCCAAAUCCAUGAAGAGAUCGCAAUCAGUGGUGGAUCCCACAGCCCUGAAGCGCAUGGAUAAAAAUGAAGAAGAAAACAGGCAGCCUUUACUUUCUCUGGACUAAGAACUUCUCCACUUCUACCCCACGGAUUAGAAAUGGGAGGUAUUGGCUUUCAGCAACAGGGACAGCACUGUGGCAUCUACCUGCUGGAAAACCUUAUUCAUGUUAAUGUAGCAUAAUGCAUAAGGCAUCUGGCUUCCACAUUUGCCUAAACCAUGGGUGCCCCGGGCUAGAUUUUAAAAAGUCAAUAAUUUAUUCUGUAAGU